GUGAAAAGGUGUGCUUACAUUUCUGUAACUUUGAUAGGAGUCAGAAAGGCUGUAACUUUCUCAAGAAAUGGCAGCAAAGACUUCUCAUCUGGAAGAAGAGCUUUCCUGUGCUGUGUGCUGUGAGAUUUUCAAGGAUCCUGUUAUCCUGAAGUGUAGCCAUAACUUCUGUAAAGCAUGUCUGGAUCAGUGCUGGAAAAAGAAGGGAACUCAGGAGUGUCCUGUGUGCAACAGAAGAUCGUCUGUUUCUACACCUCCCAGCAACCUUGCUUUAAAAAAUAUCGCAGAGUCCUUCCUAGAAUAUCACAGUGAGAAACCUCCAGCACCUCCUGGAAUGCUCUGCAUUCUGCAUGAGGAAAAACUGAAGCUGUUCUGUGUGGAUGAUAACAAGGCUGUCUGUGUUGUGUGUCAAACUUCAAAGAAACAUGAAAAUCACAAGCUCUGCCCAGUCGAGGAAGCUGCACAGGAUUAUAAGGGAGAACUCAAGACUGCGCUGGAGCCCUUGAGGGACAAGCUGAAAACCUUUAAUAAAGUUAAAGAAGAAUGUGAUGAAACAGCAGAGCACAUCAAGAAACAAGCCCAGCAAACAGAGAGGCAGAUAAAGGAGGAGUUUGAGAAACUUCACCAGUUUCUACGAGAUGAAGAAAAGGCCAGGAUAGCUGCACUGAGGGGGGAAGAGGAACAAAAGGGAAGAAUCAUGAAAGAGAAGAUUGAAAAUAUUACAAGAGAAAUCUCAUCCCUUUCAGACACAAUCCGAGUGAUAGAACAGGAGCUGGAAGCUGAAGACAUCUUCUUCCUGCAGUACAAAGACACAAAGAGAAGAGCCGAGUGCACACUGCAGGAUCCACAGUGUGUUUCAGGAGCGCUGAUAGAUGUAGCCGAGCACCUGGGCUCUCUGAAGUACAAAGUGUGGGAGAAGAUGCUGGGGAUUGUUCAAUACACUCCAGUGACUCUGGAUCCCAACAAAGCAGCACCCUGGCUCACACUGUCUGAGGAUCUAACAAGUGUGAGAUUCAGCGAUGAGAGACAGCAGCUUCCUGACAACCCAGAGCGGUUUGAUUCCUGUAUCUAUGUGCUGGGGUCUGAGGGAUUCACUUCAGGGAAACACUGCUGGGAUGUUGAAGUUGGAAACAAAACUGCCUGGAAUCUGGGUGUGACAAAAGAGUCCAGCCAAAGGAAAGGGGAAUUCACUGUGAACCCAGGAGCAGGAUACUGGGUUAUAGGCCUGAGGGGUGGGGAUCAGUACUGGGCAUGGACCUCACCAUGGUCUACAGGACUCACUGUGGAGAAGAAACCCCAGAAGAUCAGAGUUCAGCUGGACUGUGAUGGGGGGGAGGUGGCAUUCUUUGACUCCAGUGAUAUGAGACCUCUCUACACUUUUAAACACAGAUUUACUGACAGGAUGUUUCCAUAUUUCUCUCCUUGCUUAAAUGAAGAUGGGAAAAACUCUGCCCCCCUCAGAGUGUGCCCUGUGAAGGCAGUUAUAAAAGUGGACUAGCCCAAUGUGUUCAGGAUGAACAAUAGGGCUGUAUAAUAAUAAUAAUAAUAAUAAGCCUGUGACCCUGCUGGCCGCUGCACUCUGAUAGGGCUGUAUAAUAAUAAUAAUAAUAAUCCUGUGACCCUGCUGGCCGCUGCACUCUGAUAGGGCUGUAUAAUAAUAAUAAUAAUAAUAAGCCUGUGACCCUGCUGGCCGCUGCACUCUGAUAGGGCUGUAUAAUAAUAAUAAUAAUAAUCCUGUGACCCUGCUGGCCGCUGCACUCUGAUAGGGCUGUAUAAUAAUAAUAAUAAUAAUAAGCCUGUGACCCUGCUGGCCGCUACACACUAAUAUUCUAGAUGAGGUCUUACUAAUGCAUUGUAAAGUUUUAACAAUACUUCCCUUGAUUUAAAUUCAACACUUUUCACUAUAUAUCCAAGCAUCUUGUUGGCCUUUUUUUAUAGCUUCCCCACAUUGUCUAGAUGAAGACAUUUCUGAGUCAACAUAAACUCCUAGGUCUUUUUCAUAGAUUCCUUCUUCAAUUUCAGUAUCUCCCAUAUGGUAUUUAUAAUGCACAUUUUUAUUGCCUGCGUGCAGUACCUUACACUUUUCUCUAUUAAAUGUCAUUUGCCAUGUGUCUGCCCAGUUGUGAAUGCUGUCUAGAUCAUUUUGAAUGACCUUUGCUGCU